AAGACUUUGAUAAGUAUAUUUUUAUGUAAAUGGAAAAUUUAAAAAAUGGAAAUCUCCAAAUAUAGAGGAUGUAGUAUUGAAGCAAAAGAAGGAAAAUGGGAAUGAAUCCCAAAUUUGGGGAUGAAGCAUUGGAGUUGGUCUUAGCUUCCCGAAGAUCAGCGAGACAAACUGAAAGCUACUCCGGCCAGCAACUGUUCUGCCGGUUCUUCUUCCUCUUCGCCCUCUCUCAAGUCUCACCAAUGGCGUUUCUCUUUAACAAAUUCCAAGAGGCAGUGAAAGUUCUUGCAAAAAGCCCUACAUUUGCUAAGGAUCCAAGGAAAAUGCAAUUCGAAGCGGACAUCAAUCGUCUAUUCCUGUAUACAUGCUACAAUCGCUUAGGGAGGACUGCGGAAGAGGCUGACGUGGAUGAGGUAAUCGAAAUGGCCAAUAAAGCUUCUGUUGAUGAUCAGCAGAAGCAAGUGCAGGAAAACAUCCAUUCUCAAACUAGAAACUUCUCCACAGCAAUGGACUCUAUUCUUCUCUCUGGCCCUAUUGAAGGAGAUGAGGCAGGUGGUGGAAGCUCUAAAGACGAAGAUGCCGCCCCACGCAGAAGUGGCCUUAGUUUUGCUGUUGGCCAGAGGGGGCCAUCUUCCAAGCAUCCAGCUAUUCCAAAGACAAAACCAUUAAGCCUUGCUGAAGUCUCUCUGAGACUAAAGGAGAGCAUUGGCUACGCACUUGAUCUCAAGCCGUCUCAAAUACCCCAUGAGGCAGCUGGAAUAGGGUUGUUUGUCAAUGGUGAAGCAGAUGUUGGCACUGUGAUUGCCUUCUACCCAGGUGUGAUUUAUGCCCCUGCUUACUACCGGUAUAUCCCUGGGUACCCAAGGGUUGAUGCAAAGAACCCUUACUUGAUCACAAGGUAUGACGGCACUGUAAUCAAUGCUCAGCCUUGGGGUUCUGGUGGUGAUACUCGGGAACUAUGGGAUGGGUCGAAGCUUCCAGAAAACCAGCCCAGCUCCCCAAGCGGUGACGAGAAUGGAUCAGACCGGCUUUGGAAAACACUCAGCAAGCCUGUGGAAGGGACACGAAUCAGUGGUGGUGCUGGCGAAAUCAUUGAGAGAAGGAACCCACUUGCUUUGGCUCAUUUUGCAAACCACCCUGCGAAAGGGAUGGCUCCUAAUGUCAUGAUUUGCCCGUAUGACUUCCCGCUGACGGAGAAGGAAAUGAGGACUUAUGUGCCAAAUGUUUCAUUUGGGAAUGCAGACCAAGUAAGUAUGAGAAGAUUUGGCAGUUUUUGGUGGAGAACUGGGUCCAGAGAAGGCAGUUCUGAUGUUCCCAUCAUGAAGGCACUUGUCUUGGUGGCUACCAGGGCGAUCUGUGAUGAAGAAGUUUUGUUGAACUACAGACUGAGCAACUCGAAGAGGCGACCAACAUGGUACACUCCAGUGGAUGAAGAGGAAGACCAAAGGAGAUGGAGCUAAAAGAGUUAGCUUAGGUUACCGGGAAAUAGUUUCAAGGAUGGCUUGCUCCUUUUACAGAGAUUAUUCUUAUAGCAUAAGGUCGCUCCCAACUACGAGUGUACCAUUUCCAUCCCUUAAUUGCCUGAAUCUUCUCAGCCUCAUCUUCUAUUUAUGGCUGCAGACAAGAAAACAUACUUCGGGGUGAUCAUUUUUUUUACACAAUAAAUCCCUUGCAGUCAUUUCACAAAGUUGAAAGGAGUUAUAGUCUCAAGUCAUGUAGAACCAACAUAAUAUGGGAUACUAAAUAGUUCCCUUUUUGUCCUUGUGUAACAGUUGGACUAUUGACAGCAACCACCCAUGGCUUUCUUGUUGAUUCUUAGCUAGGCAUAGCCCCUUGAAGUCCCGUGUUUCUGCGGUGACCUUUUCAUUUAUAGUUUUCAUCUUGUUACAUUUUUGGGGAAUUUUCGUCAUCAUCAAUGAGAGAUCAAUCUUUGAAAGUUUGGUAUGCAUACAAUAUUGGAUUGCUAUUGGACACCAUUGCGAACUAAGAAGCAAGAUGCGUGGUUUAGCUUUAUAU